GAAGUGUUCCCUGCUGCUCGCUGCCCUUCGUGUUGGAGCUCGUGGGUCCCAUCAGUAUUUGCUUGCAGAACAGCAGGUGCAAGUAUCUCUGACCAUCAUGGGGGAUGCUGGCGUGGAAUCAACAGUCUCCCCCCCUGAAAGCACUGCGCAGGACUCCUUCUUCAGCAUGACUGAUGUGUUUCUCAUCUCACUCAUCACUGGGCUUUUUACUUAUUGGUUCUUCUUCCGCAAGAAAAAGGAGGAAGUUCCUGAUCUCCCCAAAAUCCAAACAGUGUCAACCCCAGCAAGAGAUAGCAGCUUCAUUGAGAAGAUGAAGAAGACGGGGCGAAACAUCGUGGUUUUCUAUGGUUCCCAAACGGGUACAGCAGAGGAAUUUGCCAAUCGCCUCUCCAAAGACGCUCACCGCUAUGGUCUCCGUGGCAUGGCUGCAGACCCAGAGGAGUAUGACUUGUCGGACCUGAGUCGCCUCUCUGAGAUUGACAAGUCCUUGGCUGUGUUCUGUAUGGCCACGUAUGGUGAGGGUGAUCCUACAGACAAUGCCCAAGACUUCUACGACUGGCUGCAGGAGGCUGAUGCUGACCUGUCAGGUCUCCGCUUUGCAGUCUUUGGGCUGGGGAACAAGACUUACGAGCACUUCAAUGCCAUGGGGAAAUAUGUGGACAAGAGAUUGGAGGAGCUUGGAGCCCAGCGCAUCUUCGAGCUUGGACUGGGAGAUGAUGAUGGCAACCUGGAAGAAGACUUCAUCACUUGGAGAGAGCAGUUCUGGCCAGCGGUGUGUGAGCAUUUUGGGGUGGAGGCUACAGGAGAGGAAUCCAGCAUCCGCCAGUACGAGCUGGUGGUGCACACGGAUGUGAACAUGAGCAAGGUGUACACUGGGGAGAUGGGCCGCCUCAAGAGCUACGAGAACCAGAAGCCGCCAUUUGAUGCCAAGAACCCCUUCCUGGCUGUGGUUAGAGAGAACCGUAAGCUGAACGAGGGUGGGGAACGACACCUUAUGCACCUGGAGCUGGAUAUCUCCAAUUCCAAAAUCAGGUAUGAGUCUGGGGACCACGUGGCUGUUUAUCCGGCCAAUGACGCAUCUCUGGUGAAUCAGUUUGGCGAGAUUCUGGGCACGGAUCUGGAUACAAUCAUGUCACUGAACAAUUUGGAUGAGGAAUCCAACAAGAAACACCCAUUCCCCUGCCCCACCUCCUACCGUACAGCCCUGACCUACUACCUGGACAUCACCAACCCGCCCCGCACCAACGUGCUCUAUGAGCUGGCCCAGUAUGCCACGGACACUGGGGAGCAGGAGCAGCUCCGAAAGAUGGCAUCAUCCACUGCUGAGGGGAAGGCUCUCUACCUCAGCUGGGUGGUGGAGGCCCGGAGGAACAUCCUGGCCAUCCUGCAGGACAUGCCCUCGCUGCAUCCCCCCAUCGACCACUUGUGUGAGCUCCUGCCCCGUCUGCAGGCCCGCUACUACUCCAUUGCCUCCUCCUCCAAGGUCCACCCCAACUCCAUCCACAUCUGUGCUGUGACGGUGGAGUACGAGACCAAGACAGGAAGGCUGAACAAAGGGGUGGCCACCAACUGGCUGAAGAACAAGGUGCCCAACGAGAAUGGGAGGAACUCCCUGGUGCCCAUGUAUGUCCGGAAGUCGCAGUUCCGCCUGCCCUUCAAACCCAGCACACCUGUCAUCAUGAUUGGACCGGGCACAGGCAUAGCCCCCUUCAUGGGCUUCAUCCAGGAGCGGGCCUGGCUGAAGGAGCAAGGCAAAGAGGUGGGUGAGACGGUGCUGUACUACGGCUGUCGCCGUGAGCAGGAGGACUACCUGUACCGCCAGGAGCUGGCCCGCUUCAAGCAGGAGGGCGUCCUCACCCAACUCAACGUCGCCUUCUCCAGGGACCAGGCUGAGAAGGUUUAUGUCCAACACUUAAUAAAGAAGAACAAGGAACACAUCUGGAAGCUGGUGAAUGAUGGAAACGCUCACAUCUAUGUGUGUGGGGAUGCCCGCAACAUGGCCCGGGACGUGCAGAACACUUUCUAUGAGAUUGUGGCUGAGUAUGGGAACAUGAAUCAGUCUCAGGCCGUGGACUAUGUAAAGAAACUGAUGACUAAGGGCCGGUACUCUUUGGAUGUAUGGAGCUAAGAGAGAGGAUGGUGGGGCCAGGGAGAGAAGGCAGGAGGUGCCCUCCCACCCGCUGUUCCUGUGGGUGACCGUGUUAUCCCCAGUCUCCAGCUGCCCCACUGUCACCCCAACCCCUCUUCUGCCCCCAGGGUGGGCUGUGGCUGUGCACCCUGGGUGGUGGAAGGGGGCAAGUGGAGGGACAGGGGGUGGCCGAGGCUUUGUCCUCAGUGUUUGCCCUGGGGAUGUGGGGCAGGAGGGAUGGAUGGCCCUGGGGGAGCUCUCGGGUCUUUUCUGAACACAGGGUGUUGCCUUAUUUCCUGGCACCUCGUUCUGGAACUGCAGACCACCCUUGUGCCCUGCAGGCUGGGGAUGGCAGCGGGGGUGGAGGAACCCGGCAGGUUUGGUGCAAGGGCAGCGUGGGGCAGCGAUCUGCUCUCAUCCCUGUCCUACUGUUCGACCCUCCCUAGGGCUAGCUCCUGUGCCCCAUGCUGGCCUUAAAUGACCACAGGCUGCUUUUUGAGGAAAAGGCACAGCCUGCACUCAGACCGGACCUGCAGGCACCCCCCUCUUCCCCUGCAGCCCUCCUGGGUUCCAGCACUCAGCAGGGCAGGGGGCAGCUCCUCUCCCCUCCCCACAGCCCAGUCUGGGGUCACAGCUGGCUCCCUUGGGCCCUUCAGCCGGCAGCUCCCCUGUUCCCAGUCCCUCUGUCAUGCUGUGUACGCUCUUUUUUUUUUUUUAAAUACUGUUUUUGUUUCAAUAUCUUUGUGAUUUUAAUCAUGGAAGAAAAAAAGAAAAACAACCUUUCAGGCUGUUCAAUGACUGUAAAUUAUUUAAAUAUUCUUGCCCUUGGAAUAAAAACACUGUUUCUGUA